UUGUUUAGACGUAUUGCCCACUAUGAAUUAUUCAAACCCUGCCAAAGUCCAUAUCCUCCUCUUCUUCCUCUUGUCUGUUCUUCUUCUCAACCAACGCCUGCAUCUCGACGCUGCAGAUAACAAUGACCGAGGUGCGCUUCUAGAAUUCAAAAGAGGCCUGCAGGAUUCAGAUAGUGUGCUCAGCGACUGGAAUAGUUCAGCUCAAAUCUGUCUCUGGAAGGGCAUUAGCUGUGGCAAGGGAGGGAGGGUAAUUCGACUCCAACUCUAUAACGCAUCUUUGCAUGGAACCAUCUCGCCAUUUCUAUCCAAUCUUUCUCAACUUCAAACCCUUGAUCUAUCACACAAUUCCCUCCACGGUUCCAUUCCUGAUGAGAUAGGUUCCUUAUCCAACCUUGCUAGGCUUGAUCUUAGUAGUAAUCAUUUGGGAAGUGAAAUACCUACUUGUCUUGGCAUGCUUGCAAAUCUUGUUUACUUGAACCUUUGGGAUAACCCACUAGGUGGAAAUCUUUCCACCUAUAAAUUCCACAAUUGGACUCGGUUAGAAUUUUUGGACAUCACCCAUAGUAAUUUGUACGGUCCAAUUCCUCCACAGAUGGGAAAUCACCUUCAACGCCUGGAAAUGCUUUUUCUUGGCGAAAACAAUUUGACAGGGAGCAUUCCAUCUUCUCUCUCCAACAUAUCCAAGCUUCAACGACUUGAUCUAUCAUUCAAUUCCCUGUGCGGAUCCAUUCCUGCUGGGCUAGGGUUUUUGUCUAACCUCAGUAGACUUGGUCUCAGCAAUAACAAACUGAAACAAGGAAUACCAGAUAAUUUUGGCAUGCUUUCGAAGUUAGUGUUUUUUGACCUUUCUGCAAAUGAGCUCGAUGGCUACCUUCCUACCUCCAUUUUCUACAACUGUACCUUGUUGGAAACAAUACACCUUUCUGAUAAUGCCUUCAGCGGUCCUAUUCCUCCACAGAUAGGAUCUCAUCUUCGUGCUCUACGAGAACUGCUACUUGCAAACAAUAGUUUGACAGGAGCCUUUCCGCCUUCUCUCGCAAAUGCAACAAGUCUCGAAAGAAUAUAUCUUGACUAUAACCACCUGAAUGGUCCGUUGCCAUCUGACAUUAUAGCACAGUUACCUGCCCUGGAGAUACUGUUCAUUUCUUACAAUAAUUUUUCUAGUGAGGAAAAUCUUACCUACUUCUUGACUGCAAUUUCAAAUUUAACUCAACUAAUGGAUCUUGGGGCAGGAGGACUUCACCUCAAAGGUAGACUUCCCUCAACAUUUUGUCUCUUAGAUAGUCUUUCCAUAAUCCUUCUGCAAGACAACAAACUAGAUGGAACAAUACCAUCCAAUAUUUCAAAUCUUCAAAACUUGACUUUCUUGAGACUUUCUGAUAAUCUAUUAGAAGGCCCUAUUCCAGUCGAACUGUUCCUCAUCCGAAAUUUAGAGAGGGUGUGGCUUUCCAGAAACAAUCUAGAUGGCCAAAUUCCUUCUAUUCCUGCUAAUAUCACGACUCGCCUUGGAGUUCUGGACAUAUCACAGAACCAUCUUGACGGUAGAAUACCAUCAUCUAUAUCAAAUUUGCAAGCAAUGAGGUUCUUGCAAUUGUCUGAGAACUUCCUUGGGGGGCCAAUACCUUCAAGCCUGGGUAGUAUGAAACUGGAGCACCUAGACCUGUCCUACAACUAUCUGUCUGGGCAACUGCCAGUACAAGUUGCAGCCUUGAGCACAAUGACCUGGAUCUUUAGUUUGUCACAUAACUUGUUAGAAGGAGAACUUCCCAGGCAAUUGAGCCAAAUGGAUAAGGUUCAAGCCAUUGAUCUGUCAUCAAAUAAAUUCAAUAGUACCAUUCCUGACUUGAGAAGUUGUGUAAGUGUUAGGUUUUUGAAUCUAUCUCACAAUUCACUUCAAGGGCCAAUCCCAAAAUCCUUUGGCAAUCUUUCAAGCCUGCAGCAGUUGGAUGUUUCCUCAAACCUCCUUUCUGGUGAAGUUCCUGCUUCACUGCAGCAGUGCAAUGAACUAAAGCAGCUUAACCUGUCGUUCAACCAGUUUAGUGGCUCUCUGCCACAUGGUGGUAUAUUUGAUGCUUUGACCUUCGAUUCACUCAAGGGAAAUAAAUUUUGCGGGACAGAAGGAUAUCUAAAUUGCAGCUCAAGGACGAGUAGAAUAGCACACAGGAAGGAGUUCAUCCUAUUGCUGAGUAUCAUUGCCUCAGUACUUUUCACUCUCAUCAUUUUCUGCACCGUAGCAGCCAAACCUUUCAAAGGUACAGCAUUGGGUCUGAGUAGGUACCCUUUUGACUUGAUUAGUGAUCAUCCAAGAAUAACUUACAGAGAACUCUGGGAGGCCACAGGAGGAUUUGAUCAAACCAGAUUGAUAGGGUCUGGUGGCUUCGGACAUGUUUACAAAGGCACACUAAGGGAUGGAAGUUUCAUUGCCAUUAAGGUAUUACAUCAACAUGACCACAAUUCUUCUCGGAUAUUCAACAGAGAGUGCCGAGUUUUGAAAAGAGUUCGACACAGAAACUUGAUGAGCAUCAUCACAACUUGCAGCAAUCCAGAAUUCAAAGCUAUAGUGCUAACUUUCAUGAGUAAAGGUAGUCUAGAAGACUAUCUGCACCCUAGAGGAGAUUCAGAGACAUUUCUGAGCCUGACUGAAAUAGUGAACAUUUGCAGUGAUAUAGCAGAGGGGAUGGCAUACUUGCACAGUCAUGCACCGGUUCAGGUGAUUCAUUGUGAUCUUAAACCAAGCAACAUUCUCCUCGAUGAUGAUAUGACUGCAAUAGUUUCAGAUUUUGGCAUUGCUAGACUGGCUUAUGCAGCCGCAGAUAGAAGUGCAAUAGUCGAUAGCAUUUCUACUUCAACGGACACUUUUCUGCAUGGGUCAGUUGGGUAUGUUGCUCCAGAGUACGGGUAUGGUAGACAAGCAUCUGCAAAAGGGGAUGUCUAUAGCUAUGGCGUUAUUGUGCUGGAAAUGGUCACUAGAAAAAGACCAACAGAUGAAAUGUUUGACGGGGGUGUGAGCUUAAUCAAUUGGGUGAAGUACCGGUAUGGAAGUCAAUUGGAGAAUGUUAUAGACCCCUCACUAGUCAGGGAACUACAACAAAAGAUUCCAGAGGUUAAGAAAAUAUUUGAAGUAGCUAUCAUGGAGCUCAUUGACUUGGGUCUUGUUUGCACACAGGAAACAGCUUCAACCAGACCAUCUAUGAUCAGUGUUGCAGAUGACCUCGACAAAAUAAAACAGUACAUUCAUGGUGAUGAAACUGCAACCUUCACAUCAUCGCAUGGUACGUCAUCAACCAUUAAAACAGGGGAUGAUUGGUUGGUGUGAAAGGUCAUGUGUCUCAUGUCUUUGACAUGAUUCAUCCAAGCGAAGAAAACUAGUUUUUCAUUUCCUUAUGGUACAUUAGUAGCAAAAAUUUGAAAGAUAAUCAAAUAGAAAAAAAAUAUUUUCACUUGCAUUG